AUGGCUUUUUCUGCAUCCCUUUUGCAAUUCAGCUGCGUUUCUCUUCUCGACAGUAAUCUGAAUAAUCCCAUUUCAUCACCUUUCUCUGGGUUCCCCAAAACCCUCUUUGGUUCUGGUGUUUCCCUCAAACUCAAAGGGAGUUCAGUGUGUGUGAGAAGAGGAGUGAGAGGUGGAAGUGUCAGUGUGAAUGCCUCUUUGGUGGAGGCUCCAGUUUUGUGGGCUGGAAGAAUAUGCAUCUUCUAUGCCCUUCUUAAGGCUGGCUUGGCUGGAUCUCAAGCCAAUCCACUUGUCUCAGAUUUGGAAAUUGGAGAGGGUAAUAAUGAAUCUGAUGAAGCUGGUGCUGCUGACUUGGGUUUCUCUAAAUGGGCCCACACGAUACUAGGAAAACCAGCAAAGGAAGCUGCUAAUGGAAGGAAAUUGGUUAGCAAAUGGCAUCCCACCACAAAGGGUACACUUAGAAGGAACUAUAGAGUCCCAUCCAAGUCCGAGGGGAGACGACUUCUUAAAGCUAUUGCAUCUCUAUUAUCAGAUGAUGACCACUUUGUUGAUGCCACCUCUCACAAGGGUUGCCAAAUCCGAAGGGAAAGUGCACAUGGAGAAAGUGUAUGUUGCAACAAUGUGAGAGCUCUUUUUGAUGAGCUUCCAACUCCUCAUAUCAUUGUGGAAAUCACCCCUUUUCCUGCUGGACCCCUAACUGACAAGGACUAUGUCAAAGCUGAGAAGCUUGAGAAGACUCUCAGAUCUAGUCCUUCUGUUUGA